AUGGCUAUUGUUGAAAAUAAUAUUGUAAAUUUAAUCAACUUUGCUUUGAAUCAUUUAAUUAGUGAAACUCUUCAAAUUAAUUUUCUUAGUGAUAGAGCAGAUAUUAAUAAUUAUAAAAAUAUUUUAUUUAAAAUUUUAAUUAGUGGAGAGAAAUUUAAAAAUGUUUAUUUGAAUUUUGCUAAAUUCCCAGAAAAUUUAGAUUGUGCUAUAAAUGUACCAAUGCUUUAUGAUCAAAUUGCUGAAUAUAUAGCAACAUCUGAAGAAUAUACAAAAAUGGUGCCUCAUAUUUCGAUUAAUUAUUCAAAUCGCACAAGUUUUGAAUUAAGUGAGAGAGCAGAAAAAGUUGAAAUUUCACAAAUAGGUUUUAGUAUACUAAAAUAUGCCGACUAUGAAAUUUCCAAUAUUUACAAUCCAAGCGUCAGAUAUUCAUUUUUCCACGUAGAAAGGGAAUUUGGAGGCUUUUUUUAUGUUGAAAUCUAUAUAAAGAAAGUAGAAGCUGAAGGAUGAAUAUAUAUAAGAUAGAAUAGUUUUUGAG